AUGAAUGGCCACCUGCAGGUAGUUCAGAUACUCCUCAAUGCAGGCGCCAACGCCAAUGACUGCGUUGAUUCCCAAAGUCGAUUAUACAGCCACGCGCUACAUCUAGCUGCAUUAAGAAACGAUGAUAAGGUAGUCAAGAUGCUACUCAGCGCGGGCGCUCUUUUCUCAGAGGGGUUUAGACGAGACUACCCACAAUACACAACAUAA